AUGGCCGCCGCAGCUCAGUACCUGCCCCGCAGCACCGCCCUGCUGCACCCCGACUCCGACCGCCUGCACCAGGGCACCACCUACCGCGAGGUGCAGAAGAUGAUGCACCACGAGUACCUGCAGGGCUUGGCCAGCGGCUCCGGCCACCCCAUGAGCCUCACCCACCACCAGUGGCUGCCCAGCGCCGGCACCGACUGGGGCAGCGGCUCCCACCUGGGCCAGGCCGAGCACGGCAAGGGCAGCGUGCAGGGGGCGGGUCGGGAGGAGCUGCCCGGCGCCUUCCACCCCCGCUCCCACCUGGUGCACCAGCAGGCGCCCGGCAGCCACCCGGGCGCCUGGGCGCAGGGCAGCGGGCACCACCUGGCGCCCAUGUCCCCCACGUCCAGUAGCCACCAGCCGCUGCUCUACUCCCAGUCCGCCUACACGAACCUGAACGGCAUGCUGGGCCCCCAGGCGCCGGCCCUGCACCACGGCCUGCGGGACCCCCUGGGCCACGAGGAGGCGGCCGGGCUGCACGACCCCCAGCUGGAGACCUCCCCGCAGCACCUGGGCCACCCGCAGGAGCACUCGGACGAGGACGCGCCCAGCUCCGACGACCUGGAGCAGUUCGCCAAGCAGUUCAAGCAGCGGCGGAUCAAACUGGGCUUCACCCAGGCGGACGUGGGCCUGGCCCUGGGCACCCUCUACGGGAAUGUCUUCUCGCAGACCACCAUCUGCCGGUUCGAGGCGCUCCAGCUCAGCUUCAAGAACAUGUGCAAGCUCAAGCCCCUGCUCAACAAAUGGCUGGAGGAGACCGACUCCAGCACGGGCAGCCCCACCAACCUGGACAAGAUCGCGGCGCAGGGCCGCAAGCGCAAGAAACGCACCUCCAUCGAGGUGGGCGUGAAGGGCGCCCUGGAGAACCACUUCCUCAAGUGCCCCAAGCCCUCGGCCCACGAGAUCACCUCGCUGGCGGACAGUCUGCAGCUGGAGAAGGAGGUGGUGCGGGUCUGGUUCUGCAACAGGCGGCAGAAGGAGAAGCGCAUGACGCCGGCCGGGGUCCCGCACCCGCCCAUGGAGGAUGUUUACGCGCAGGCGGAGACCUCGCCGCUGCACCACCCGCUGCAGAGCUCGGUGCAAUGACUGGGCGGCGGGGCCGGGGGCUGAGGGCGCCGGGCAGGGGCAGGGGCAGCGGCAGCGCUGGAGUUUACAGUGGGGGCCCAGGAGCGAGGGACUGCGGGCAGAAGGGACCAAGCCGGGCCCGGCCAGGGAGCCCGAACCCCGCCAGCGGCCCCCAGCCCCUGCCCGGCGGGAAGCCGCGCUCGGGACUUUGUUUCUGCCGCUUGGUUUCGGGCCCUGGAUGCCGAGACUCGCCGGGCGGCGCGUGGAAAACGCUCGUUAAUUUAUUCCUCAGACUGGUUCGCACCUGAAUUUGUCUCUAAUUUAACUCGCUGUAUUUAUUUGACUUCCAAAAAUACCGCGCGCUCCAGAGCCCCGCGGCUCUGCAAACGCCGCGAGAGGAGAACUAGCCAAAGGUUUGAGAUCUAAUUUAUUCUUCGUUUGCUCCCGUGUCACUGACACUGUCUGCGGGGGGAGCUCCGCGGCCCGGCCCCCCACCCCCGCUUCAGGCUGGGACGGGUCGGGGAGGGCCGAAGCUCCCCCCGCACCCACCGCGGGCCCCUGGACCGGUUCCGAUGGCACUUAUCUCCCCCUUCUCCUGGGGGGCUGCUGCGCUCCCCGUGCCCGGGGCCCCAGACCGCCCCGUGGAGACUGCGGGCUCUUGGCUUCCCGGGGAGCGGGGAGUUUCCCCAGAGGGACAGGAGUGUCCCCGGCUCCCCACGCCCCGGGCCCGGCCCUGCGGGGCCUGGGAGGGACGCUGGGGAGCCGGAGGGGGGCGGGAGUUGCGGUCACUUCCCCGGCCCGGCUGUAAAUAUGUGAGAUAUGUACACACGUGUCCGCCGUCCCGGAUCCCCGCUCCUGCCCCAGCCGGUUUUUUACACGGACUGAUCCCGAGAGGCUAUUUUAAUAUUGUUUCCCGUCCCGUUUCUAUUUAUUUCUAACCGCGUUCGGCUCAUUCCGCAGCGUUGGGUUCGGAGGUUUGUUUUAUUUUUUAAUCGCAAAAAAAUAUGUAGCCCGCGAAGUUACGUUUCUAUUUAUGUUUAUAGUAAAUAUUUUUAUUACGUACAUAAACCAUUCCCCCAGGAACCGGUCUCGUGUCGUCUUUGCAGGCUGCUGGAGUCAGCUCGGACCCUGCCCGCCCGGGGAGCUGGCGAGGGCUUGGAGUUAGGGGAGCUGGGUUGGGCACCAACCCCCGCCAGGGCCAGGGCCAGGGCCAGGAGGGGGCAGGGACACUCCCUUGUCCUGCAGCCCAAGCCAGGCGGAGCUGCCCGGUCCUUCAGUCCGGCCAAGGUGGGCUCCGUCGCUUCAGCGGACUUCUUUUUUUUCCCACCCCCGUAGAAAGUUUGAGGCAAGUUGGGAUUUUCCUUUGCAAGGACCAUUCCCACCGCCUUGCCUGGCUCUGUAGGAACCAAGCCCCUGUUCCCAGCAGCAAGGGCGUCCCGUGCUCUCCCUGCAUGACAACGGGGCAGCUUCAGAGAGACCGGGACUGCAAUUGUUUAAACAAAGGCAAAUAAACUCUACUCGGGGCAGGGCACCUGUGGGACCCGGGCACCUGCCGGGCUGAUCGCUUGGCAUUUAAAGUUGUAGGGGAGAGCCGCUGAUUCCGCGUGGGGAAUUUAAUCCUAAAUCAUGAUUUCGGGUGUUCACUUUUGGUCCAAGGGGAAUGUGGCACAUUUGAGAUUCAGAGUCCAUGUUUACUGGGUGCAUCCUUCUAACAUCUUAUAAGUCACAUCCCGUAACGGCCACGACUUAUAGGCAGCAUUUUGCCAAAAUUCUUCUCCAUUCUGCAGUGUGUGCCACUUGCUAUUGAUACUACAGGAGCUGUGGACUCCAUAAAUAGGUAAAUGUAAAAUCAAGAUCUUUAAACAAAUGUGUGGAAGCUCUUAAACUUACAAGGGUCUCUGGAAGAGAUGAGCUGUCCACAGAGAUCUCAGGAAAAGUAUAAAUCCUGUGCUGCAAUAUGUAUCACAUGCCCCCAGCUUCGGGGAAAGAAUCUGAUCUCAUUUGUUCUUCAGACACUGCAUUUUUUCAGGUUUUUUUUUUUUUCCAUUCCAAAGGGUUCCCUAUACAGAAGGUAGAAUUACAAAAAAAUGUGUCUUGCAAAUAUCUUCCCCAUCAUAUUCCAGUUAGUGCAGUGAAAGAGAUGUGCAGAAAGGGCCAAAUGUGCCCGUCUUACCUGAGAGAGAAAGGGAAACCCGCCUUUGGUUUUUUGAAGCGGAAGACACUAGUCUAGUAAUGUACAUUUUACCUGAAAAAGGAGGAAAAAAAAAUCUCCGUAUUUUUCAUUUAUCAGAGACUUAAAGCUGAACGUUCAUUAUUAAUUUAUUUUAGAAGUAAAAGACCUGUAAUUAUAUUUUCAGAUUCAGCUUUCUAAUUUUUUGUCCUGUUUAAUAUUAUCUUUGCUUUCAGAUAACUCAAACAUGUGAACAAUCUAUUACUCACACUUGUUUACAAUUGUUACAAAUACUGUUCAUCAACAUUCACUAUUCCUGUUAACUACACUUCUGGGAAACUCAAUAUAAAUGCCUAAGCCAUGAAGAUGGUGUGUCUGCAUACACUUUUAUGUACACACGCAGAGCUUUAAAAUGUAUAAUACCAGUGAAAAUAGCAUAAAUUGUAUUUGGGGUGCUAUGAUAGUCCACUGAGAUUAAUAUGCCUUUUUGGAAUAUAAAAUACAAGCAGAAAAUGUUUUUUAAAGAAUUUUCUCACCUUACAUUACUGAAAAUAAUAAAUAUGCAACAAUGUAAUACAAGAAAAUUCCAUCUUAGCACUCAAGCUGUGCUCUCAUGGUUUUUGAUGUCACCAGAUCCUUCUAUAUAGUAUCCCAUCCUAAUAUUUAUGCCUAUACCAGGGUCUAGAGAAUACUUACUUAUUUCAUUCUCUGUAUUUCUAGAAGAAUUAACUUGUAUCUUUUUUAAGUCUGCUUUCUCUCAGAAUUUGUGAGGAAAAGUCACAUAAGUGGAUUCUUUUCACUUUCACAGAUCUUUUGUUUCCAGCAGUAUUUGUAUGUUGAGAGAACUUUUGAAGCCUGUGGCUGUGGAACUCACACACUGGAGAAAUGUUUAAUUGCAUAAAGUGGGUAAAAUGUCAGAUACUUAAUUUGCUAGAAAACUUCCUGUCCACAAUCUAUAAUAUUUGACACAUUGCUUCUUGACUCUGGAUACAUUUUACAUUUUGUGAAACAGCGGGUGUAAAGGGAAUUUUUGUUGAUGAUCGGACAUUACUGUAUGUCAGUUCAGAUUUAUUUUUUUAGGUGUGAAUAAUGCAGUUUGCACCCAACAUGAAAAAUCUUCUGUUUUCUACAAAAAUCUUCUGCUUGGUUUUAUUGUAUUUUUGUGCCUUCCGUGUUUUGUUUGCAAAUGCAUUAUUGCUCAGGCAAAUGUCACAAUCAGCCAUGUUACUAUAAAUUAAUUAUCCUAUUUUCUCUGUCACUUUCAAAAAUGUAGUUAUUGUGUAGUGGCUAAUACAAAGGAUAUUAAUAGCUACAGCUUUCCUACUCUUAUCAACUGUCUCUUUGGAUUUUUUUUUAAUUUAAAAAAGUCACGCGGGUGGACCAUUAUCAGACUAAAUAUCAUGUUUGACACCCAUAAGUUAGCACACCAGCAAAUGGGUUCACCUUGCAGUACAAAUAAGCUGGCAAACACUGCAGAAGACUACUAAUAACUCCUCUAUAGCAACAACAUAACACAAUAUUGUCUAAAAGAUUCAGCACACAUGAUUAAUAAAGCAUUUUGUC